GGGCUAUGGGGCCGGGUGGGACUGGGCGCUCUGGGACUCCGGGGCUCUGACGGGGUCCUGGAGGAGGCACCGAGGGCCCAGGGCUUGGGGGCGGCCCAUCGGGGGACUUGACUCCCCCGGGUCCCAGCGGGUCCCAGCGGGUCCCAGCCCGCUGCUCGGAGGCCUGGCUUCUACCGGCGGCCGGCGGGAGGCGACGCUGAAGCCUCGGUUUGCCCUCCUGCAGACAUGGGGCGCAGAAAGUCAAAACGGAAGCCACCCCCCAAGAAGAAGAUGACAGGCACCCUAGAGACCCAGUUUACCUGCCCCUUCUGCAACCACGAGAAGUCUUGUGACGUGAAAAUGGACCGGGCCCGCAACACCGGAGUCAUCUCUUGUACCGUGUGCCUGGAAGAAUUCCAGACGCCCAUCACUUAUCUGUCGGAACCAGUGGACGUGUACAGCGAUUGGAUAGAUGCCUGCGAGGCAGCCAAUCAGUAGCAACGCAGAGGACCCACUCCCUUGGCAGCCUCACCUGCUGGCCGCCCUGAGGAAGAUGCUCGCAGAUGAGGAAACAGGCCCGAGACAGGAGGUCACCGGCCAAAGGUCCCACAGCCAGAAGACUGCACGGCCGGGCCUUGAACCCACGAGGCCUGGUUUCACAGCCCAGCGUCUUACUUCCUCCUGAGUCCAGGGUCCAGGCUAAGGGAACAGCUCCUGGCUUCCUGGGGGCUGGGGGGUGGCGGGGAGCACUGGAGAAGAGUAAGGGACCCUUGUCCUAGGGUCGCGAGGAGUCUCUCGGAAGGCUGGAGGUGGAGCCAUGCGCACGUGUAGGGUGUAAGAAGAAAUGUUUGGGCUUUGUCCCUGGCUCCUGGCAGGAAGCUUGUAAAACCCUUGGAAUUUCCUGAGCAACUGGAGUAUCUUUUGUCAUCCAUAAAGAGCCCCUUUUGAUCACAGGUGAGAUUAUGCUAAUGAAGUGACUUAGAGUGGGGCCCUAGAUAGUCUCAGGAAGGGGCAGGAUGCAGAGUAAGAACUCAGCCACACCCACCAACCUUCGGGAAGGGGAAGGGACCUACAGAUGAAGUGCGAUAUGAGGAUAUGAGGACAAGAUUUGGUGAGCUUCCACCCUUGGUGAACACAGGGAGGUGCUGGGACACUUGGAGAGGGCACGGAAGCUCCACCCUCAUUCCCCAUACCUUGCCCUAGGCAUCUCUUCCGUCUGGCUCCUCCCGAGUUAUAUCCUUUUAUAAUAAACCAGUGA